AUGACUAUUAUUGGAAUAGUAGGUACUGCUUGUUCUGGUAAAGAAACUCUCGUAAACUUAUUAGUAAAUAAAUAUGGAUACAAGCAUAUAAAUUUAACUAAAUAUAGUUUACAUGAUACUUUAAAAUUAGAUAAUAAUACUGAACCUGAAGAUAAUACCAAAAAAGUUGAAAAUUGUAUAAUAGAUAUUACAUCUAAUAAUUAUUCUAUAAAUACUGAUAUUGAUGAUCAAAAAGAACAAAACAAAGAUUUAAAUAAAAUUGGGAAUAAUUCAUUUAAUAUAAAACUUUUCCAGUUAUUACUAUCUAAUUGGAAAUAUAAUUAUGUUAUAUCUCCUAUUACAAAAGAAUCAGAAUUAGAGAUUUUACAAAAGACAUCAUUUUUCUUGUUAUCAAUAGAUGAUUCAACUUCUAGUCGCUUUAUAAAAUAUUGUAAUAAAUAUCACAAUAUCGAACAUAAACACACAAAUAAUUUACUAAAUGAAGAUAUUUAUAAAUAUUAUUUAAAUAAUGAAUAUCUUAAAAAUAUUCUAUUUGAAUUUUUGGUUUAUGAAAACAAAAAAAGUGAUUAUUCUAUAAGAAAAUUAAUGAAUAAUGCUGAUUAUCAUUUAUAUGGAUAUGAAAAUAUACAAGAUUUAGAAAAUAAAUUAAUUAAUAUUAAUAUUCCUAAUAUUAUACAUAGACCAAGUUGGGAUGAAUAUUUUAUGAAAUUAGCUUGGUUAACUUCAAAAAGAUCUAAUUGUAUAAGACGUAAGGUUGGUUCUGUAUUAGUUAAAAAUAAUAGAAUAAUAAGUACAGGAUAUAAUGGUACUCCUACUGCAACAACUAAUUGUUUUGAAGGAGGAUGUAUACGGUGUACUAAUAUAAAUGUAAUAAAUGGAACAAAUUUAGAAUAUUGUAAUUGUAUACAUGCAGAAUCUAAUGUUUUAUUCUAUGCUGGAAAAGAUAAAUGUGAAGAUUCAAUUUUAUAUGUAACAUGCUUACCCUGUUUAACAUGUGCAAAACAUAUAAUACAAUGUGGUAUAAUUAAAGUUAUUUAUUCAACUAAAUAUCUAAUGGAUGAGAAUAGACCAACAUCUAUAGAUAUUUUACAUAAUUCAAAUGUUGAAGUAAUACAAUUUCAUAAUUCUAGUAAAUUUAUUUAA